CGCGAGCGCGAGCCUGCUUCGCACCCCGCACGCGUACGCACGUCGCGUGUAACGUAACGAUGUCGGCCGUGAUGGCGACUCUCUCCGCGGUCGCGCCCGCGCGCGCGACGCGUUCGACGGCGGCGCCCGUCUCCGCGAAACCUGCGUUCAUGGGCGCUUCCGCGCUUUCCGGGAAAGCGGCCCUGGGCGACGCGUUCUGCGCGAUGUCCCUCGGCGCCCCCGCGACGCGCAAGCAGUCCCGCGGUGGUCUCUGCAUCUCAGCGUCCGCGAUCGGCCAGACCGCGUCGGUGAACCAGAUCGGCUUCGCGACCCCCCCCAGCACGGGCGCGUCCCCCACGUGGGACGCCAUCGUCGAGGUCGGCGGGUCCCAGCAGUUCGUCUCCGAGGGAAGGUACUACGAGUGCCACUCCCUGAAGGGGGUGGAGCCCGGGACGAAGAUUGCGUUCGAGCGCGUCCUCGCGACGCUCUCCGGCGACGCGCCGACGUUUGGCGCGCCGUACGUGAAGGGGGCUCGAGUGGAGGCGACCGUGCUCGAGAACUUCAAGGAUAAGAAACUGAUCGUGUUCAAGUACCGGCGCAAGAAGCACUACCGUCGGAAGAACGGUCACCGUCAGCAGAUGACGCGGUUCUUGGUCACCAAGGUCGUCAAGCCGUGAGUCGCGAUUUCGACGGACACGAUGAUUCUUUAGGGAGCAGGCGACCGCGGCGCGGUCGGCGGGAGAAACGCGAGUGGGUGUACUAGUUGCGCGAGAUGCCUCUACUUAUUAGCGGAGAGGAUCGACGCUUGUUUAUACGACUCGACGACGAGAGUCGUGCUCGACGACGGCGCCGCCGCGCGUUCGCUCUCUCGCUAUCCUC